AUGUGUGCUUUAAUGCGGUCGGCUGGAGGCCGUCACAAGCACACUCUGCCUGAUCUUCCUUAUGAGUACAGUGCUCUUGAACCAGUAAUUAGUCGUGAAAUUAUGAGCCUGCACCAUAGCAAACAUCAUGCCACAUAUGUCAAUAAUUUAAAUGCAGCAGAAGAAAAGUUAGCUCAGGCCCAGGCUAAAGGGGACAUUCAAACAGUCAUCAACCUUGCACCGGGUCUAAAAUUUAAUGGAGGUGGUCACAUCAACCACACAAUCUUCUGGCAGAACUUGUCACCGAAAGGUGGCAAACCAUCUGAUGUUUUGGUCCAGGCUAUUGAGAAGGACUUUGGUUCACUAGAAAACAUGAAGAACCAGCUAGCAGCAGCGUCUGUUGGUGUACAGGGCUCUGGUUGGGGAUGGCUAGCAUACAAUAAAAUGAUGAAGAAGUUACAAAUCCAAACAUGCCAGAACCAAGAUCCAUUAGAAGCUACCACAGGUUUGGUGCCCCUCUUUGGAAUUGACGUAUGGGAGCAUGCCUACUACCUUCAAUACAAGAAUGUGCGUGCGGAUUAUGUUAAAGCAAUAUUUGACGUAGCCAACUGGCAAGAUAUCUCAGCUCGAUACGAGAAAGCAGUCAAGUGA